CAUCAAUCCACAAUAUCCUCUAAGCUUAUUCUUUCUAUCGCUCUGUUUGACUAAUUAACAUAGAGCGACAGAAGAAUGGGUCUAAGCAAUAUUAAUAUCCCCUUACUUUUGCUCUCGCUUUUGAUGUUUGGUGUUUUGGGUAAUGCUCAACUUAGCUCCGAUUUUUACUCCGAGAGCUGCCCUAAUGUCACAAUCAUCGCUCGGCGUCUGAUCCAACGAGCUAGCCGUACCGACGUUAGACUCACUGCUAAAGUCAUGCGUCUUCACUUUCACGACUGUUUUGUGAACGGCUGCGAUGGUUCGGUACUAUUGGACGCUGCUCCUGUGGAUGGAGUAGAGGGUGAAAAGGAAGCUUUCCAAAACGCUGGUUCUCUUGACGGUUUCGAAGUGAUCGAUGAUAUCAAAACCGCACUGGAGAAUGUAUGCCCUGGAGUCGUCUCUUGUGCCGAUAUCCUCGCUAUUGCAGCUGAAAUCUCUGUCUCACUGGCGGGAGGGCCGUCAUGGGACGUAUUGUUAGGAAGAAGAGAUGGUCGCACGGCUAACCGUGGGGACGCCGUGGCUGCACUUCCACUAGGACCUGACUCGAUGGAGAUACUUACUUCGAAAUUCUCCGUACAUAAUCUUGACACUACCGAUCUUGUCGCUUUAUCUGGUGCUCACACCUUCGGGAGGGUUCAGUGUGGAGUAAUAGCAAAUCGUCUACACAAUUUUACUGGUAACAAUGGACAGUCCGAUCCUAGCAUUGAACCAAAAUUCUUAAGAACACUGCGACGAAAAUGUCCGCAAGGCAGAAGUCUCACCGCGAGGGUCAAUCUUGAUCCUACAAGCCCGGACUCAUUUGAUAACGACUAUUUCAAGAACCUUCAAAACAACCGUGGGGUCAUUGAAUCAGAUCAAAUCUUGUUCUCUUCGAAAGGAGCACCUACUAUGUCUUUGGUGAAUCGUUUUGCAAAGAGCCAACGUAAAUUCUAUAAAGCUUUUGCGAAAUCAAUGAUCAAGAUGGGCAAUGUAAGGGUUCUCACAGGAAACGAUGGAGAGAUCCGUAGAGACUGUAGACGGGUCAACUAAUACGGUUUUGCUUAAUGCAUCGUCAAGUGAUCAAAUUUACGUGUUGAUUAUACUUAAUAAGUUGUAUUUCUGCUUUUCCACAAUUGUUUAUCUCCAUUUGAUUUUGUUUUACUAUAUUAAGGUUAAGCAUGUCCAUUAUUAAUUUUUUCUCGCUUCUCAGAUUGUAAUCAUACACACAUAUAUAAAUGAGAAGAGCGUCAACAAAGUAAUUAAACUUCUGUAAGGAAAAGAAAUAAAAAAAGUGGCGAACGACGUCGUUGCAGUCGAGAUAGUCGUCUCAUGUAGUACGUAUAUAAAGCUGUGCUUUGCUGCAGUACAACACACCAGAACACCGAUGUUUAGUCGUACAUACAGAAACUUGGGUUAAAUAAUUAAGAAUACAUUAAUAAUGUUUUUCAUUACAUUAGUCACAUGGAAAAUAUUUUUAAAAUUUAGCUAACUAUAAUUUAAAAACUUACAAAUCAGCAACCUCAAAAAUACGAUAUAGCACGGCUCGUUAAUCGUACACAGUAGUACAACACAUGAAUUGUACUGCUUUCAGACAAUGUCUUAUAAACUACAUGUAGUUCCAUGGUGAUUAAACAUAGCAAGAAAGGGUUUUUUUCCUGGAUUUGUACGAACAUCAUUGAGUGCAGCGUUGAUGUGAUUUACUUCUCUUUUUCAUUGUUGAAUGGAUUAAAGCAAUUUACAUCAACGUUGGCUCAAUUAUGUUUUUCUGAUUUUCAGGAUCAUAGAGAAAAAACAUUCACAAACAAAUUUUAUCAUUGAUGUCAUUCCAACUCCAGAUUCAAAUCUCUAGCUCUUUUUCGAGUCUUACAACAAACUUUCACCAUUCAAAAUAACUUAGAGAAGCACCGAAAAGGAUUCAAUAUGCGAGGUUGGUCUCUUUAAUGGAAUUGUGAACAGUUUCGUUUAUUGAAUAAUAGCGACAGUUCUAAAAUGUAUUUUAUUUUAAUGAAAAUCAUGGCUUUUAAAUAUAUACUACUGGUAAUGGAGACGAGAGGUAAGACCGUAAGAGUGACAUUAAAAUUAUUAUAUUUUCAAAAUAUUAUCACCGUUUUUAAACAGAAAGUGAACAACUUUGUUAAUAAGAUUAACGUCGCACUAAUGUUCAAAAAAAGAGAAGAUUAAUAUCGCAUAUUCGAAUCUCUAUUGGGUGCAUUUUCAAGUUAUUUUGUAUGUUGAAGGUGUAUUGUUAGAAUCGAAAAUAUAAUAAUUUUAAAUGUUCUAAACGGCGUAUAGGAAUAAGACAUCCAUGACUCGUGGCGGUAAAGUAACGUUAUUCAACCUUUAACACAUGAUAUCUGAUGUGUCUUUCAAAAAAAAGGAAAAAACAUAUAAAUCCAAAAAUUAUUAUUAGUUCGAGUAUAACUUUGUUGAUUUUUUAAUCGCUAAGAAUCACAUAACAACUUUUAUAACUUCAUCAAUAUAUAUAUAGGUACUAGGAAGUAGUAAGUUCCAAAUAUACUUGUUUUACUUUCUAAAGUUUUUACAUUUAUACUUGUUUGUUCUGUAAAAAAAACUUGCAACUUAUAUUAAAGUUGCAUUUCAGAACUACUAAAUUAUUAUUACAAUCUCACACAUAACGUGGAUCAAUCAUCUAGCUAGUUUCUAUCAGCUAAGAACGACGCUCGAUUUGAAAAUCUGGCAGAAUUAUAGUGGACAAAUGUCGCUUUCAAUCCUGAGUAUUCAUGAAUUCAUACUCUAGAAUGUACCCCUAACUUUAUAAAGUAGUGGUGAGAAUUGUUAGUACAAAUAUACAUGUCGGUAUCUUUUUUAUCAAAACAAACUUGAAAAUAAAAGAUAUCACUUUGGCAUUAUUAUAGUGAUCGAUUUUUUUAUCAAAAUUUCAAAAUUACUCUUUUUCUAUAACCAAAACAAAGCAACGUUCAUAAAGCAAUCGCAAAAGUUUUUCUAAUUUCUUAACAAAUAAAAAAAGGUGAAGAAAUCCCGGAAAAUAUUUACGUAGACAAUAACAAACUCCCACUUGUCAAAAGAU